AUGGAUCCUGACGUUGAAUUCAAUGCUCUCGCAGCUGUUUAUCAAAGCGUAAUCCAAGACAUAAAGCACUCAUAUCCAGCCUGGGAGGUUGUGGCACAAAGAGCUUUGAAGUUGUCGCAACAAUUGAAGUCAACAGUUCAAUGUCUAACUUCUUUUGUCGAUUCCAUGCAAGCUGUUAGCGAUUAUGCAAACAAUCUGAAAGGAGCUUCUCGCGAUGUGGGGGCAUGUGUUACCAGAAUCUGCAUGAGAGAGCGAGCGAUUGAGACUCGUCUUCGUUCUGUCGCUGAUGCAUUGUCAGAGGAGUUGGCUGUUGCAAUUCAGCAGAGAACUGGAUAUUGGAAACAUAGAACUCAGGAGUUGGAUAAAUUAGCUUCCAAACAUGUGAAAAAGGUACGUGGAAGGAAAGGAAGACCUGAUGAAGCUUCUCUUUCUGAGCAACGUCACCUUUGUGCUCAAGUCUUAACGGAACAGAGAGCUCAAUUUUCUUUUUUCAUUAGCUCAUUAAUGCCUUUCUUGAAUGCUCAACUUAGCGCCUUUGACGAAGGCCCACAUAUCAGACAAGUCGUAGAAACAUUAGAGGAUACUAUAAAGGGAGUUGAUGGUAGAAUGCUGGCAGAGAAUAUGGUUUCUGACAUUUCUCAAGGAGCAGACAAUACAUUCAGGCAGUGCCUAUCAUCAGCUGCCAACAGCUCUUAUUUAAAUUUGGAUGAUUCUAUUUCCCUUAGGGCUGGAACCCCUGGAAGCACAUUUAGCAAUGAUGAUGAUAUGACUCCCCAGGGAGCACGCCCAAGGACAAUCUCCGUCGGACCUCGUUAUGACCAUCCAACUAUUAAUAGCCAAACAUAUAUGCCACUUUCAAAGCCUCCGCUCCAACGAAGACCGAGUGAGAAAAGCUUGAUCAAAACUUCAUCUACUCCUCCCCCAGAGCCAGGACCUCCAUCUGCUUAUCGAACUUGUUCAUCAGAUUUAAGUCCGACAACUCUUGGCCGAGUCCCCCGUCCUCAAAGUUUUACAGGGGAACUUCGAGCCGCCUAUAAUUAUCAUCAUCCAUCCACUUUCGGAAUACCUCAGUACCCACCUCUGGUCAGUAGUUCUUGUAGUAGCUCUGAUGCAUCUUCAGCUUUGAUCGCGGAAACACUUCAACAAAUCGACCAGCUCGGUAGUGAUUUGGACAAUUAUUGCGUUGCGGCUGAUAACAAGUCUUUCUCUAAUUUGAGUCAGUUCUCAAGUAUGAGCACUAGGCCUAAUAGCCUGGAGAAGAGUGCUUCAUCGGCGAUUGUGGGGGGUGUUCGAAUGAGAUCAGAAAGUGCAUCAAGACCACCACCACCUCCAACAAGACGUAGCAGCACUAUUACAGCUGCUACUCCAACUGCGCCUUCAGUCGUUGAGGCGAGAUUAAGUAUGGGGUCAAUGAUGGGCAGCCGGCAAUCUCUGAAUUCCUCCGGAGUGUUCUGCAGUAUGGGUUCUGCAACCGAUCUACGUUACGCAAACGUGAACCCGUAUGUGCGCCAGAGCUCUGUACAGCCGCAGUUUAAAAUUUAA